UGUGCCAUGCUGGGAUGUGCCAAUGCUUUGGCAGCAGUCGUCAGUGGGAAUGGGAAUAACCUCAGUCAGAAGCAUGCCAUCACCAGUCAACAUCUGAUGAACGACCAGGUCACUAUCAACACCAACAGAAAAUUACACUGCGGAUGUCAAAAAAAGCGCCGAUCUGCAUGAGCCAAUGAGAGCAGCACAAUACCACUUUUGACCCACUGCUUCAGACAACCGAACUCCACGAUCUCUUGUCUACGUGGAAGCACAGCCCCAAAUACUUGCUGUAAAGAAGAUGCCUCUCGACUAUUUUCAAAUUUCUCUUGCCUUGAAACUUUUGUGGAUUAGAUAUCUUUAGAUCCCUCUCAAUUAAGUAUCUUUGGAUUACUCUUAUCCAACUUUAAAAGGCAUAAUGUUGUGUGUAUUUGGCCCCAUUAACUAUCUUUCAGGACCGUUAUCCAUCAUACUGGUCUUCAUUCUUUUGUUUGUGGCGUGGCGAAGGGAUAGCAAAAACAUCUGCUGUCGGCCUCAGUGCAUAUGCAGUUGCCUGGAGGGGGAGCUGCACACUUGGACAUACAGUGAAAGCAAACAACUCGAGGUCAUUGGGCCAUGGGCAGCAGCUACCCGUGUAAAAGUUCGAGGUCGCAAGCCUUUGCUGCUCAAUGCAUUUCUCAUUUUUCUCCCUUUCUUCUCAUCUUUUAUCUGCUCAGUGAACCAGCAAUUGCAAUGGAGAUCCAUAUACCAAACAUUCCCGCGGAUUUGACUUUCAAGUCAUUUCAGCGCCUCAUUGAACCAAUCCUCAACAGCCUUGGUAUUGUCGAUUACCUCUGUGAAAAGACACGUAACAAAAGGUACGCCAACAUCACAUUUCUCGAGCCGAGUGACGGGAACCGCUUCCUAUCAAUCUAUGGCCCUCACGGAAAGCCCUUGUCGAUGCUGGGCCAUGCUGUUCGCUGUCGGUUGAGCAACAAGGGACCGGAUCAAACGACAUUGAAGGUGAUCAGGCAUGCGAUAGACGAACGUCAAAGACGCAAGUCAAAGCCCCAUGUCCAGCCCCGGCCAAAGUCAGAACCGCUCCAGGCUUCAAGUCUAAGCUGUGGCUUGCACACAUUCGUCGAUGGAAGAUUCUCGUUUGUUUCGGAGUGGGAUGCUCAGGAGGGCUGCUUGGUUCGCUUUACCAAGCGGCAUCUCAUCUUCAAACUGACAGAUAGAGGCAUCGAUGUCCGCAUCCCACGCAAUGCUAUCGUUCAACUGGUCUGGUCGGAGAGCGGCAGAGCGUCUGUUACCCUGUCACAACCCCCUAUUAUCCUAGCCAAACGGUCCCCUGAGAAGUCAGACGUAAUAGAGCUCGAUGGCCUUGGUUCUAUUCAUCUUGAUUUUAGCAUAUUCGCAGAUAUAUUCUCUCGUCAACAGGCAAAGCCCGAGCCACGACAGCGACUUACUGCUAUUGACGAUGGCCACAGCAAUAUUUCCGCAUUUUGUCUCGUCUAUCACUUCCAAAUCACCGCAGCAUCCAUUGGCACACAUGGCGCCGGCGAACACUUCCACAAAGAGAUGUGGAACAUUACAGAGAAGGAGCCCUAUCAGGUCACGCGAGCUGAUAUCAAAUUCUAUCAUGCAUCUGACCUCCCGAGGCUGGGCCGCUUUAGUGAAGCUCUGACUCGUCUCAACAACCAGCUUGACUCGUACACGACAAGUAAUGACUUGCCAUUCGGUAUUUUGUUUUUGCUCCAAGCUCUUGUCUAUAACUGUUAUCUUCAUCCAACAACGGUGCAGGCCCUGGCUAGAGAACUUCUUGGCCGUUCCAACAUCUCGAUUGACGCCUUCAGGAAGCUUUUCGACUGGAUCGACUACCCGGCACCUGAGAGCAAUCCAAGACAGCUCGAAGUAGAUGGAAUCAUGGAAAGCCUCGAUGUCGCAGAAAGACAAGUCCACGAAGCCCAGCUCAUGAAGGCGGAGCUGUUCAACGACAAUGAAAAUUCGACACGCAUCUUUCGUGUUUCAAUCUCUCCCAUGCGUAUAACCCUCCACGGGCCAGAGCUGGAGACUAAAAACAGGAUCCUCAGAAAAUAUGACGGCAAGGCCGACUUCUUUUUCCGAGUCCAACUCUGCGAUGAGAACGGCCAGGAUUUGCUCUUCAACCCCACCAUCUCACUUGACACUGUUUACAGUCGGUUCAAGUCAAUACUACGCAAAGGAAUUGCAGUCGCCGGCAGGCAAUACAAGUUUCUGGGCUUUUCCCACUCUUCGGUGAGAGCCCAUUCACUGUGGUUCUCAGCCCCGUUCUACCACGAGGGUAAAUUGCAAAUCCCCGAACACAUCAUCGAGCAGCUGGGCGACUUUGCGCCCAUUAGAUCACCGGCUCGCUGUGCUGCUAGGAUUGGUCAAGCGUUUACCGAAACGCCAUACUCCGUGUCCCUUGUAGACAAUGGAGUCCAAACGAGCGAAAUCCCGGAGGUGGAAAGAAAUGGCAGGGUGUUUUCCGACGGGGUGGGGGUGCUUUCACCCCAGGCAGCAGAGGCAAUCCAUGAUGCUAUCCCUGAAUCCAAGGGCAAGCCGACCUGUUUCCAGAUCCGAUGGGCCGGGGCCAAAGGAAUGCUUUCUCUGGACACGGAGCUCGAGGGCAGUCAGAUCUGUAUCCGGCCGUCCAUGAAAAAGUUCAAGUCACCCGACGAAGCAAACCUGACAUCUGCGACAUGGCUUCCAAGCCAAUACCAAUGAUGCUGAACCGCCAAAUGAUCAAGAUACUGGAAGAUAUGGACGCACCACCCUGGUGGUUUUUGGAGCUGCAGAGAAAGGAAGUCAACCAUCUACGUGCCAUCACGAGGGCCGUUUCCAGUACGGCCAGCUUCCUGGCCAUGAAGGAUAUCGGGGAGAGUAUUCGUCUCCCACACCUCCUCCGGCAGACCGAGGCCAUGGGGGUUGACUACCGCCAAGAUCUGUUUCUUCGCAGUGUGGUGGAAAUGGCCCUGCUGAAGGAGAUCAAGUUGAUCAAACACAAGGCACGCAUCCCUGUCCCCAAAGGUAUCACUCUGUUUGGUGUCAUGGAUGAGACGGGUUUUUUGCAGGAAGGCCAGGUGUAUGUGAGCUUCGACACCAUGCAAGGUCGGUACCACGAGCCUCCAGAGUGUCAAAAGGUUGUAAUAACCAGAUCCCCGGCACUGCACCCCGGCGACAUCCAGCUCGCCCACCACGUCAUCCCUCCCGAGGGCCAUCCUCUCCUGGAGCUACGCAACUGUGUCGUGUUCAGUCAGCGGGGGGACAGAGAUCUGCCCAGCAUGCUCUCGGGGGGAGACCUCGACGGGGAUAUCUACAACAUAAUCUGGGAUGAGGCAAUUGUGAGCCAAGUCAGGUCAUUUUCACCAGCCGACUACCCACGCCUACCGAUCGUGGAGCUUGGCAGAAAGGUGGAAACAGCUGAUAUGAUUGAUUUCUUUGUCGACUUUAUCAGCCAGGAUUGCUUGGGUGUGAUCGCAACACGACACAUGAUACUUGCAGACCUCGCACCGCAAGGCACGCGUGAUAGCGACUGCGUUAAACUGGCCGAACUCCAUUCCCAGGCCGUGGACUUUUCCAAGACAGGGAGGGCGGUCAAUCUUCGCGAGCUUCCCAAAACCCCCAGACAAGGACGACCUCAUUUGUGCGUGCAUCACCAAAACUGUCUCGAUGUCUACCUACAUGAACAGGUUGUGCUGACGUGUAUCUCAGUCUUGCCGCAGGGUCCCAAGUGCUCGUCCAAGAAAAAGUAGAUGUUGAGUUGCUUGAUGAACAAGGAGGUGAUGAGGAUGAUGACGACGACGAGGCCGAUCAGGAUAGGCCGCGUCAUAGCUAUUACCGCAGUGACAAGAUCCUAGGGCAACUAUACGAUGCCGUCGACGAGGAAAAGAUAUGGCACCAAGACAUACAACUGCCACGUUUGAGCCCCAAUGACAAUGCAUUCUGGCGCCAGAUGCUGGUGGUCCUGGAACAGCGCGUGGCAGCGGCUUCAAAGGUCAACUGCAUGUGGCGGAACCGCUUGGACGAGGCGCAUGGAGUUCGCCAUACGUAUGAGGAUGCCAUGUACGACAUCAUGGUGAAUUAUUCCGACCAUUCAUUCAAGCCCCUUCGUGAGACGGAAGUGUUUUCGGGAUUUAUUGUCAGCAAGACCGGGUCUGCAAGCCGCCGCCAACGCGACAGGUCCAUCAAGAUGAAUGACGAGUUUGAGCGUGUGUCCAAGUUGGUUAUGACGACCAUGCACAAAGGGCCUGGUGCCCUGGGGCUGUGUCUGGCGUGUGUGCACGCUGGACUGGUGGUAAAGGAACCUCGAGGUAGGCAAGCCUUGCACCGAGGCUCAUCUGACGAUAUCGUGAGCUUUCGGAUUGCGGCGGCGUCGGCGUUGCUACAAGAGCUCAACGCCCUCGAGAGCAAUGAUUGUUUAGUUUGAUAUAUUCCGCGAGUUAAAGUAGGUAGUCUGUUCUUUUCAUAUACAAGGUUGGAAAACAACUCAGCAGCACCGUGAUAUUAUCAUCUAAAGUCGGGCAGAAUUCAUGGGGUGAUGGGUUCAAAGGCCGGAAGCAUAAUUAUAUUCUUAUAGAAAUAGCUGUCCCAUCCA